CCCAGCGAGGCCAAUCAGGCGGCGCCAGCGACGGCGUAGCGGCCUGGUAGACGCUCUCCCGCCGGGCCAGGUUGGUCUGCGUUCUUCAAGAGGCCUGGUAGCCAAGGGCCGCACGGAUGGUCCUCUUGCGCUGCUGUGAAUGGGUGGAUGGAUCAAACGCAGCGAUGCUCUGCUCUGCUCUGCUCUCUUUGCGCUGCUCAGUGCUGUCUGUCUGUCUGUCUGUCUGUCUGUCUGUCUGUCUGUCUGUCUGGUCUAUGCCUGCCUACCUAGUUGGUUAGUCUGCAUGCACCCUUACUACGACGGUACGUACCUGCUCUAGCAAUCAACCGCCUCGAGUAGCCAGCCAGAGGCCAGCACCAUUCACUCUCCACCCAUCCAUCCAUCCCAUCCCCCCCAUCACCACCACUUUCUCCUCCUCUCCCUUAUCCUCCCUCAUGCUUCUGGUGUUGUCGUCGUCGUCGUUGUCGCUGCUGCUGCUGCCGUCUUCUCUCUCCCUCUCGCUCUACCUACGGGCCCUUUAGCUAGACGCUCGCUCCCUUGCCACUCUUUUCGUUAGCAUUGUGUCCAGCCCUCUUUGUUUGCUCUGCUCUGCUCUGCUCUGCUUUGCUCUGCCUGCAUACCUAGCAUUCGACCUCCCCGUUUCCCUGCAACACUCACGCGCCCGCCCACACAUACGCCUUGACAGUUCACGCACCGUCACACCGCCGUCCGUCUCUACCGCUUGCUUGUUCCACCACACACUCUCUCCCCACACACACGUCAACAACAAAACAAAUUCCACCAGAAACGCACACCACCGCACCUGUCAACGCCACUGACGCCGCGCCUGUACCUGCGUCUGUCUGCACCUGGCCGAUGACCAGAACAAGGUCCCUCCAACCCCGACACCAUCUGCACACUAGUCCCCGUAGCGCACCACCGCCGUGCCCUCCCGUACCACUCGAGACGACUGCGAGACGAAACCACAACACACCCAAGACGAAACACAAAUCAUGAACACUUCGUCGCGCAAUGGCCCCCUCUCCCCCGUCUCCACUGCUGAGAGCGCCGAAUGGUCCCCCAUAACCCGCUACCAGGACCUCUCCACCGACCUUCCCUACUCGCCUACCUUCCCACCAAACAACCGUGGCACCACACCGCCCACCUCUGUCCACGGCCGCACCUCCACGAAUGGUGGCACCACCCCCAAUGGCAUGCCACGCCCCAAUGGAAACCCUUCCCCUCCAAACUCGGUCGCUCGCUCCAGUGAUGGCACUGGCCUGUACGCCCAGCACCUGAGCGAGCAAGGCCCCAAAAACCGCAAGAUCAUGGUCCUCGAGGAGACGUUGGCCGAGCACUAUCGUGUGCUUCGCACCUACUUGGGUCCCUAUCUACGCGACGAACAGGGCAACCCCCGUCCCAGUAGAGCAAAGGACAAGCUCACGCGUCUAUCGCCCGUUCAAUUCCAGGAGCUUAGCACAGACGUAUACGAUGAGUCCAUAAGGCGAGAGCAAGAUCGCAAGCGCGGUGGCCCAAAUGCGCCGGGCAACGACACCCCCAAGUUCCUCCUGCCCAAGAACACCUUCCACCCCAAGCGCAACCAAGCAAGACAGAAGCUGUCUACCUUGCCCAUCGAAAGAUUCCGCCAACUAGCUACCGAUGUCUUUUACGAACUUGAAAGGCGGUUUCCGCGCUUUGGGGGGCCAGACAUGCCUCGAUCUGCCAGUCCUGCUGGCAGUAUGGCGAGCCGAGGGAGCCGAGGCCCCCCUAGUCGUGUAGGGACACCCAACAGUGCAAAUGGAGGCAUGCGCGGCGGUCGCCCUCCACCAGGAGGAUAUCGCGGUCCACCUCCUCCUGGCGCUCUGAGACCUGGAGGCCCACCCAACGAGCUCGGCCGCCCAUUGCCCAAAACGUUCCAAUCAAACACAAUCGUCCCCAACAAGGGUACCAUGGUCGAAGACGAUGACAGCGGAGGGGACGAUGACGAUGCCUUCAAUUUGGAAGGAGCGGCCGCUCGACGCCAAACAAACAAGAGUAUGAAGAGCAUGGGCGAGGCACAGGAAAAGAUGAUCUCAGAACUGCAGGGUCAGGUUUCGGAACUCCAGAGCAAGAUUGGCUCCCUCGAAGACGCACUGAAGUCAAAGGAUGAAGAAAUGGUCAAACUCCAUGACUCUGAGAAGCAACGGGACGGCACAUCUGCCUCGGAACGCGCCGAAUGGGAUGAGCUUCGCUAUUCGCUCGAGGAAAAGGUCGACAAUGCUGAAGCCCUCAACUCCUCACUGCGGGCAGACAUCGACAGAAUACGCUCGGAGAACGCCGACACGGAACGCAAAUUGCGAGACCAGAUUGAAGACCUCGAGUCCAACCCUCCCCAAGCCGCAUACAACGUAGGUGACGAGUGGAAGGAUCGAUGCGAAGAUUUGGAACGCGAAUUGAGCGAGCAGCAACAAAUCACGGACGAGGUGCGCCGCGAUGCGCAAACCUUUUUACAGGAGAUGAGAGAGCUUUCGUCACGGAGCGAUGCUGCAGUUGAAAGGGAAGAACGUUUUGCCUCCCGCGUGUCUUCGCUGGAGGCGGAACUCAAGGACUGGAAAUCGCGGUACGCAAACGCCAAAACGCAAUUACGAACUCUGAAGGCAUCUUCUAUCGGCCUCGCUUCGCUCGCGUCACCGGACAUAUCCAAUUACACCCGCGAUGCCAACUUCGCCACUCCAGAUGGUGUUGUCAAGGACGUGCAUGUUACCCAGUUCCAACUCAGCAUCGAUGAGCUUCUCCAAGUUGCUCGCCGUGCCGACUCGGAGCAGGUCCUUGAAACCAUGAGGCAUGUUGUCAAAUGCGUGCGCGCAAUCACCGGCGAUGUUGACGGCACUCCUUUCUCUGCAAUCCAAUCGCCCGCCAGUAGCGUCAAUGGUGACCUGUCAGGUCCAGAAAAACAGCAGGCUAAGUUGAAGUCUCGGGUCAGUGCCACCGCAAACAAUCUCAUCACGGCUAGUAAAAACCAUGCUUCCUCCGCCGGUUUAUCCCCCGUUAGUCUGCUGGAUGCCGCUGCCAGCCAUCUCUCCACUGCGGUCAUAGAGCUCGUCAAGCUGGUAAGGGUGCGACCCACUCCCGAGGGUGAACUUACACAGGAUGAGGAAGACGACCGGCCCAUGCCUUUGAAGCCUACCACAUAUUCAGCGUAUAGCCCCUACUCCAUGAACAAUAUCAAUGGCGGCGCAGUAGGUGCGGUGCCGAAUCACCAGCGUCAUCGCAGCAAGGGCGGUAGCAGCAGUUCUACUAGAUACAGCAACUACAGCUCUCCCUACAGCGGAUACGAUCGGCAAAGUGUUGUGACCAACGGGAUGAGCUUUGAGAGGGACACAGGAAUGACAGUCUUCAAAAAUUACCUCGAAGACCAAACCGCACUGCUUGUUCAGAGUAUCCAACCACUUGUCAAUCUGAUACGAUCGACUCCCAACCCCACCGCUGCAGACGAACAGCAAAUCAGUGACUACAUCCAAGACAUCUCCCGCGCUGUGGAGGACACGGCAGCCCGUACUUUCGAUGCUAUCAAGGAGCUUUCUAACCCUGCUCUCAAGAAGCACGUGACACCGGUCGUGGAGGUGCUUGAAGAUUGUAGACGAAGCAUGCUGGAAGUUGACGUGCGUGGCGGCAACGAGGACAAACUACCACCGCUCGCUUUCAAAACCGCUAGGGCUCUCAAGGAACUUGUUCUCCGCGUCGAUCGCAUCGAAACAGGCGAACUAACCUUUGACCGGCCCCUCAGCGAUUUUUGA